UGUUCACCGUUCAACAUUUGCAGUCAUCGAACUGUGAGGAGAAGCUCCACUACGUUUGUGAAACCAACAAGAUCGACGUUGGCUGCAUCAACGGCCGAGGGAUGACUUACUCAGGCACAGGCAACAUCACUGCUCAGGGUGAACCCUGCUUGUCGUGGAGUGACCCGAGGGUUCAACCAAAGGUGAAGGCUUUACUUAUGGCUGCUGACCUCAGGGACAACUACUGUGCCAACCCAGACAAUGAUGACAUGCCAUGGUGCUUCACUGCCAGAGAAGAAGCCAGUUUUUGCGAUAUUCCCAGGUAUGAGGACAAUGAUUUUAUUGCAGUUGUGUUGUACCACGACAAAGAUAAGAAAAGAACAGAGGAAAGAAGGAACACUGCAGUAGGCCUGUUGGCUCAUACUAGGCAGGUCCUUCACAAAUCCAACCCACUAACAGAAUAAACACUACCCAGACAAUAAGCUUUGGUAAUUCUAUUUACUCACAUGCAAGUCCCACUCAAAUCCAACCCCUCUCACUCAUG